GCUUGAACCUAGACUAUUUAUUUACUCUCUACACCCACAUUUCCCCCCAGCUUGAACAUCAACUCAAAAACCCAUCUUUGAAGCAGCCAUGGUACAAUCAGAAAAGCCAACGUAUCGCCUGGCAGUGACUGCGGGGCUGGGUUACGACCCCGCGACACAUCAAUCGGUCGAGGUCAACGGCAAAACGAUACGGCUCGAGGAUGAUCGUGCAAGAUUCGACCUAAACGUUCGCAUCCAGGAUUACAAUGGAUACCCGGAUUCUUCUCCAAAGACGAGUCCCUAUUUCCAGCAUCCCCUACAUACGAACGACCAAUACUCGAUCUGUUUCUCCUUUACACCCAAACAACCCAUCAACGGCAAUGAGCUGCUCUUCGGGAACGAUUUCGACAAGCCCCUUCGAAACCGUCUGCCCCCGGGCUUCAAUGCAGCCCUACGCGUGGUGAAAUGGACCAUCGACCCGACCCUCGAUGGCGAUGCAUACGCCGAUAAACCUUAUCUUUACAGCCCCGCUCUGGCCACAUGGAGCCAGUGGCGUAUUGGCGACAAGGAUAAGAAGCAGGACACUCUGAUGGACAAAGAUCACGUCGUCGAAGAGGGCGCGGAUGGUGAAGGCGCGGAGCAACGCCGUCAGCUCCAUAUUCCCGAGACUGCGAAUGAGCGUCGGAAGUACUUCCAGAAAGAGGAUCAUCGUAUCUCAUUUGAGUUUGAGAGCGGUCGAACCUACCUGGCUGAUUUUGGAAAUCAGUAUCUAUCAUUCAGUGAAACUUCGAUCCAUCUUCCAGGUAUCCAUAUCCCUGUCGCGGGCAUGGUUGAUGAAGAUAAUCAUGAGCUACGAUACGUUCUGAAAGAUUCCAAGGCGGGUCAACCCUAUCUCGUCGUACGCUUUGUACUUGUCAAGCAGGAUGAGGAUUCGGAUGCUGGUAAAUAGGAAGAAAAUAAGUGACAAUGAAUCUCGGAUGGUCAUUAGCGAGAUUCCUUUCCCAGGUCAAGGAAUGAAACUCCACAUGCAGCUAUUAAUCAAGACAAAUAUUGGACACAAACUCGAAAUUUUGGAUUCCUGCUACUAUCUGUAAAGCUCAUCUGCAGCCACCAAGGUCUAUAUACAAAUUACUUUUCUUACAGUCUCUUGAGGACGUCAUCGAGGACCUCCUGGGUGGUGGCCUUGCCGCCCAUAUCGGGAGACAGGAACUUGGCCUCAUCCAGGUUGGCAUCGACGGCAGUGUAGAUCUUAGCAGCGGCGUUAGGCUCACCCAGGAACUCGAGCAUCAGAGCAACGGAGCGCAGGGUAGCGAUAGGGUUGGCAAUGCCCUUGCCCUCGAUAUCGGGGGCAGAGCCGUGGCAGGGCUCACCGAUGGCGAAGCCAUCACCGACGUUAGCGCUAGGAACGAGACCCAGGCUGCCAACAAGAGCGGCAGCACCGUCGGACAGGAUAUCACCGUACAAGUUGGGGGCGACAAUGACAUCGUAGUACUCGGGCUGGCGGAAGAGCUUGUAGACCAUAGAGUCGACGAUCUGCUCCUCGACGUGGAUGGAGGAGAACUUCUCCGCGGCAAGGGCCUUGCGCGCGGUCUCGCGGAACAGGCCGUCGGUCUGGGACAGAACGUUCGACUUGUGGGUGAUAGUGACCAUGGGCUGGCUGUGGGAAGAGGUGCCGGGGACAGCGGUGCGGAUACCCUGGCGGCGCAGAGCAAUCUCACCAGCAAUGGUGGAGAUGCGGUGGGAGGCACGCUCGGAGAUGCGCUUGAUGGCCUCGGCGACCUUGCCGUUGGGGCCCUCCACGGUGCGCUCCUCCUUCACGUACAGGUCCUCGGUGUUCUCACGAACGAUGACCAAGUCAAUGGGCUUGCCGUUGCUGCUACCGGCGGUGGUCUUGACGGGACGGACAUUGGCGUACAGGUCGAGCUUCUUGCGGAGAGCAACGAUGGGGGAGGAGUACCCAGCGACCUUGGUGGAGGGAGAGCUG